AUGUUUCCGUUUACGUUGGUCGUUGUCGUCGUUUUAAAACCGUUGAACGUAAUAUUAAUUUAUCGUUUACCUGCGGCGGCGUACUGGCGCUGUUGUCAGAAAAUAAUGCAUGCUUCCCCUUACUAGUUACUGCGCAUUUUCACGGUUUACUUUUUACCGAUUAUUUAAUUGAAAUUUAAUCGAAUUUUUUAACAGGCGAGGUGAAUGACACCGUGGAAGGGGCUAUGAUUGGAAUGGAGCUCGGUUUGGGGCACCAUGGUGGCUCGUUGCACCCCCACACCAUGCCGCAACAUCAGAUGCACGCGCAAGGCCUCAUGCAUCAGACGCAACAGCAAAUGCACCACGACGAUGGUAAAAAUGAGAAAAGUAAGACGGACCAAAACUCACAAAAACUCGAAUAUUUUGAUUUUUGAUCUGUCUGCUAAUCGUUCAUUAUCAAUAUUAAUUAUUAUGUAAACAUAUUAUUAUUGUCGGAAAACAAUAGUUGUUUUGGAUUAACACUCAGUUAUAAAAUAUCAAAUAUAAAUAAAGUAAAAAAAUAAAAAUAACAACAUUAAUUAACUUAUUAGAGCAAGAACAAAACCGAACCGGGAGUUGUAAGAAAAAAAAAAAAAAAAACACUGAAAGUUGCUUGUUUAUGUAUAAUGAGCUCGAGGAAAAUGAGAUUUUGAAUGCGCCGGUUAGACUUUAAAAAUAAUAUUCUCGUAUACCGAUAUUCGUGUGUAAUAAUACAACAUCAUAAAUCUAUGGCAUUUUAUCGCGUAGUUGUCAUCGCCAUCUACUCGAAUACUAUUGCAGAUUUACUCACUGUGUAAACCAUAUGAAUUUGUUCCUAUAAAUUUGUCGUCUUCUUAAUUUUUGAUUUUACGUUCAAUUUUUUCACCCAUGUUGUUCUAUUACGUAAUAACAGUUUUUGAAAUCGAAACCGGUCGUGCGUACACGCACAACUUUUCGAACACUUGAAGAUGUGUUUUGUUCUUUUUCUAAUAAUUUAUUUAUUUGUUUUUACAUAUAUAUAUAUAUUUGAUAAUUUGCUGUCGUCGUGAAACUCACAACGCGCGGAUCAAAGUCACGGAUCGUAUUUAUUUUUUUUUUUUAUUUGCUUUGGGAACGUGUAAACGUAUUUCUUACAUAAUAACAAUAAUACAUUUUACCUACAUAAUUUUAAAAGAGAUUAUAAUAGAGAAAUCCGAAACGAACUUUGAUUUACGAUCCGAGACGACGCCGCCUCACGGGAUUUAUCCGAAACGUAUAAACUUCUUGAUGGUUUUUCUUUUUCGUUUCAGUGGGAUCGGGAAACAUCAGCAGCAGCAGCAGCGUCAACGGAUUUUCGCAAGAAGGUAAGUGCUACAAUAUCGCAUACAAAUAUUUUAUAAUGAUAUACAGGUAAAAUUAUAACGUAUUAUCAUAUAGUAUUAUAUUGA